CACGCUUAGCCACGACCCCAUCAGGAAGCGUAGUCCGUGACAGUACGAGCAAGUCGACGGUGUUCGGGUUGCCUGAAACCGACGAAGGCACUCCACUUCUGUUGCCUGCAGUCCCACGUACCUUUCAGCACCAAAUCAACAUGAAGUUCCACAUCAAAGGACUGUCCGACCGGAAAGUAGUGGUGGACAUCCUGGCUGUUCUCUUCGGGAUCGGAACAUGGUUGGCGAUCAACGGAAUGUACGUCCAGUUACCACUGCUCGUCCAGACGCAGCCAGAAGGGUGGAACCUGCCCUCGUUCAUUUCCAUCAUCGUGCAAAUUGCCAACAUCGGGCCCAUCCUAUACGGCUUGACACAGAAGUUCCUCCCAGGCAAACUGCGGGACAGUUUCAUUAUUUACGGAUUACUGAUAAUGGGGACCAUCGCUCUCUUGCUCAUGGCUCUGCUGUACCAGGAGACGACGUACAUCGGAGGUGAAAUGCGCAGUACGUCUCUACUGGUGCUUACGUUCUUCAUUGCGCUCGUCGGUUGCACCAGCUCUGUGCUCUUCAUGCCCUUCAUGAGGAACUACAGAGAGACGUACCUCACCUCUUAUUUCGUCGGCGAGGGCCUCAGUGGUUUCUUGCCGAGUGUGUUCGCCCUUAUACAAGGUGUCGGAGGCAACCCGACCUGUGUCAACCAAACUGUCGUGAACGCCACGAACCCAGACGAGUCUUAUACGGUAGUCGCCCCCUACACGCCUCCUCCGAACUUCUCGACUACCGUUUUUAUCUUCAUUCUUUUCGCAGUCCUCGCCAUUAGCACAAUUUCUUUCGUACUUCUGAAUAAUUUGAAAGUGUGCAAGGGUGAGAGAGUCAGAUCGCAAAGAGAGCAGAAGGCGGAAAAGUCCGUUAAAGAUGGCAGCGGAGAGGGCAGCGCUGGACCGGCAGCUAGCCAGCGGUCAGACUUGCAAGAAGUGACUCGACUUCCGCGCCGCACGUACGUCUACUUGAUGGUGCUGGUGUCGCUGGUGGCGGCUUUCGGGAACGGCGCGUUCCCCAGCAUCCAGUCCUACUCGUGCCUGCCGUACGGGAACGUCGCCUACCACCUGGCGGUCAGCCUCUCCGCCAUGGCGAACCCUCUGGCGUGUUUCCUGCAGUUCUUCCUGCCGAAGACGUCAGUGAGGACAAUAUCCGCGCUGUCAGUGGUCAGCGCCGCCUUCACCGUCUACAUCGCCGUCACCGCGCUCAUGAGCCCGUCACCGCCUUUGGUUGGCCACGCGGGUGGAGAGUUCCUCGUGGUUAUUUCGUGGGUGAUCUUCACGGGAGCCAUUUCGUACAUGAAGCUGGCGAUAGCGUCCAUCUUCCGCACGGAGGGCGGUAGCAGCCUGUUCUGGUGCGGCGCCGCUCAGCAGAUGGGGUCGGCCGUCGCUUCCGUGGUCACCUUCUUCCUGGUCAACUACGCCGGCAUCUUCCAUUCGUACUCUCCAUGCUGAUCACUUCCACAGACAGUGUGCACGAGACCACAAGCUGCGCACGUCACACAGUGACUGUGCAAGUUUAUUUAUACUGCCCAGUGAACACGAUCUGCAGAUGACAAUACCUUGUGCUGUGAAACUGACAACGACAUCAGUUUUGUCUACUAAUUGUUUACGUGUUAUAUGUAUACUGCCAUUUACAAUAAAUGCCGUAUAUGUUUUUUUAUUUCAA